AUGUCUGCCACACUCUUUGACGAUAUAUUUACGGUGUUGUCGGUGGAAACCGAAAGAUACGACAGAGUGUCCCGUUUGGUUGGACAGUCGACGACAACCCAGGACACCAAAAUCACUCUGGAUGUGAACAGCGAGCUGUUCCCUGUGCAAAAUAACGAUUCUCUGACCAUAACACUGGCCAAGUCGCUGGCUGUGGAUGAAGACGAUGCUUCUGAAUACAACACUGCUGGGGGUUCAUGGAGACCUCCAAGAGCUGGAGACAGAACCCUUGCGGACGAUUACGAUUAUGUCAUGCACGGAACCGUAUAUAAGUUUGAGGAGGGAUCUGAUGAUAAGAUAAGUGUGUAUGUUUCAUUUGGAGGGUUGCUGAUGUGUUUGGAGGGCGGUUACAGAUCUCUUUCUUCGCUUAAGCAGGAGAACGUUUUCAUUCUGAUCCGUCAUUAG